AUGAUUCUCGUUACGUUGAGGUACUAUGCUACUGGGAGUUUUCAAAAACUAGAUGGGGAUGUCAUGAAUAUAUGCCAACAGUCAGUAUCAAGAAUUAUAACUACUGUGUCUAAUUCAAUAGCACUACAAAUGAAAAUGUUUGUAAAAUUUCCAUCUACAGUGGAAGAUAUCAAUCAAGUAAAACAAAAGUUUUUUGAAGUGGCACAAUUUCCUGGAGUGAUAGGAUGUAUUGACUAUGGGAAUGGGGAUCAAAAAGGAAACCGUUGUGGCAGUGAUAUGUGCAUGUGCCACACUGCACGAUAUUCAACAAUGUUAGACGAUGUCAUGAUGCCUUCUACUGAUGACAAUAUAUUAAUCAGUAACAUCGAUAAUGUUCCUGUACAAGAAAACAGUAAUGGUUUUUUGGUCAGACAAUCUGUUGUCAAUAGAUUUUUUUCUCAAUAG